AUGUGGCUCUCCGUGUUACUUUCUUCACUUCUCUUUACUGCAGGCACUGCCGCUUCCGACGCAGUUUGCGGAAACUGGGGUCCCAACCGCCCAUACUCGGAUUCUUGCGACCCCAAAUGCAACACCACAAUGGUUCAAGUGUUGGCGAAGCCUGGUCCCGGAACGAUCAGCAAAUAUUCCCAAAACGUUACAGCCGCCACUUGGAUAGAAUGUAUGAAGAUUUGCUUUGCUGAUGGGAAAUGUGCAACUGUGUAUUUCUUGGAGGCCACAAAGCAAUGCACAAAGUAUUGGAUGUCUGCGUUGACUUUCCUAAAUAGAACCGAAGAAUCCGAGGGGCAUCGAAUCGCGAUAAAGAUUCCAUUAAGUAAACGAUCAUGCUCAUUGACAACUGAACAGCUGUUGCAUAAUCAGUAUUAUAUGUAUUAUCCAUACGUGUUCACAUUCAUGAAACGAAUAUACAUUGGCAUUAGAACCUCUCCGAAAUACUACGCAAUUACGAGUUUCAAAGACGACUUAGAAACAUAUAUGCCUUAUGAUCUUUCAUGCCCAAAAUCCCAACUCACAUCCUGGGCUGAGCGUCGCGCAACUGAUAACUCGUCAGUUUGCUACUCACACAUCGUUGCGCCAGGUAUCACUCAACUGGAAGCUAAGGAGCUCUGCGAGCUUCAGGGAAUGAAGCUGCUCAUUGAAAGAUACGAGGGAAUGAUUCCAAUGCCCGAUACCCAACGGUUGUCACAAUCGGUGUUGCUUACAACGCCUUUUGAACCAGAUUUUGGUUUUGUCGGAAUAGAGGACGUUCGAACCUGGUUUGGUUUGGAGAGAGAUCCAGUUGAUAGGACGUGGAAGUGGAGUGAAACAUCGUUCAUUUAUAUGGGCUUUAGUGGGAAUCCUCCGAUGACAUGGGCACCAGGAGAGCCGAAAGAAGUCAACAAUUGCGCAUAUUUGCAAAGGAACGAUGCGACAGUGGCAAAAUGGCCUGGUUAUGCUUUCUUCUCUGCACCGUGCAACUCCACUGAUGUUGGUGGUUUUUCAUGCGGGUCAGUGACUCAAUCGGCAAGGGGAAUUCCAACUUGGAACUCGUUAGUUGCAGAGUACGGUCACAAUCAAACAUGUUGUGUACCUGACGCCGAAACGAGAAUCCAAUGGAGAGGCGUAAUGUGAUUAUUGAUUGUUUCACAUAAAUCUAUCCUUGAUGAAA